AUCACACAAUAGCAACCACGUCUUCCUCUUUUAAAAUUAUACUUGACCCUCAUCACAAUUUUAAAGAAAUGUCUAUCACCGGUUCUCACGCCCUUGGCCUUGGACUCACAGGCCCGCUGGUCUUUAAUAUCCUUACAGCUCCUGCUGAUCGUAUCAAACUGCUUCUGCAAGUCCAGGAUGAAAUCAUCCAUAACUUGCGUGAGGAGUCUUUAAACGUACACACACACCUUCAUCCUAAUUCUCACUGUAAUAAUAACAGUAAAAGCAACAAUGAUAAUGUAGCUGUAGAUUCAAUACACUCUAACCUUCCGUCGGAUGAAGUAAUGGACCAGAUGCUAUCACUUAACGUCUCGAGCCCUUAUCAAAGAAUAAACAACAAGGAGGAUAAUGGCUACAUUGAACAAGAGGGGCAAGGCGAUGAGGAGAACAACGAGCCACGGUCCAUUAUCAUGCCCUAUGCUCAAUUGCCCUAUACAAGCAUACAAGACUGUGCCGAGCGCCUGGUUGAGAAAGAAGGUCUACGGUCGCUCUGGCGAGGCUGUAGCGCUGAGGGUGCUCGGCUCAUCAUUCAGACAAAGAUAGAGGCCUGUCUUCAACGUAAUCAAUUUGGCUUUCACAGAUGUCUCUCUCACUGCAAUACAACGACUUAUGGUGGCAGUGCUGCUUGGAUUCUAGGAACAGCUAUCAAUGGCACUAUAGUGAGCGCAGUGGCUCUUCUUGCAGUCUACCCACUAGCAGUCUUACGAACCAAAAUGGCAACUGAUAUAGUCAGACGGACAAAGUCAAUCAAAGAGAAGCCUUCUCAAGGCUGCACGGCGUUCUUGGGUGCUGAUGACACUAGGAUACCCUCUGCUUGCAACAAUAAUUUGGAAUUGUUUUCAACAGCGCCAUCAACCUCAUCAACAUCAACAAACUCGCCUCUUUCUACUCUUGAUCUCGAAGAAAUAGAAUGGGUCGAAGAGGGCUCUCAGCAAGCACAGGAGAUGUUAAAAGGCUCGACUCCGGAUCUCAAUAUUGUCAAUUCCAUCACCUCUGCCACCACUAUUGCAUCAAACCAAGGUCGUGAAUAUGUUCUCUCAUAUAAGUACUCAAGUCUUUGCGAGGCAAUUCAGGUGACCAUUUCAACAGAAGGCUUUUUUGGACUCUACAAAGGAUUCUCUACAGCCCUUGUCAACAUAUUUGUAUCGCGCGUUGGGUUCUUGACUAUCUACCGCACAGCGAUGCCAGCACUUCUUCAGUCCAAGAACUCAUCACAUUUAGGCUCAUUACUCUUAAUGUUGAGUGUAUCAUCCAUCAUCCAUUUGAUGGUUUAUCCGUUGAGCACCGUUUGUCAUCGUAGGAUGAUUGCCGCCCCCGGCCGCUUUUCCAGCUCGUGGGAUGCAGUGAAACAAAUUGUGAAAAAGCAUGGAUGGAAGGCCCUCUACAAAGGAUGUGAGGCUGCCAUAGUACGAAGUGCUGCCAUAAGUAUUCUGGCCAGCUUUUUUCUUUAAAUCUACUGCUAAUAAACCUUGCUCAUGUCUAAAUCACAAUCCGUACAAUAAAUGGAUAAUCAAUAAAGCGCUAUGCCC